GUACGAGGAGUUAACCUGUAGCAGAGCAUGUGGUUAAUCUUCUCCGCACGGUCGUGGAGGCUUUAAAGCACUGCCUGCCAGCUUCCUCUCUACCACUCCGGAGCAAACUUCAACACGUCAACAUGAAGUUGGCGGUUAUGUCCAAGAAGUUGUGGUGCGUUCACAAAGUGCUGGUGCUUCUGAUCACACCUCUGCUUUUUUCGCCUUUGCUCGUGACCUUGCCUGAAAAGGAAGGAAGAUGUCUUUAUGUGGUGUUGCUGAUGGCCGCGUUUUGGUGCUCGGAGGCCCUCCCUCUGGCCGUCACCGCCAUGCUACCCAUCUGCCUCUUCCCAACGCUGGGGAUCAUUCCUUCCCAAAAACUCUGCCCUCAGUACUUCCUCGAAACCAACUUUCUCUUCCUAAGCGGCCUGGUGCUGGCAUCAUCCAUUGAGGAGUGGGGACUCCAUCGCAGGAUAGCGCUGAAAGUUCUCAUCAUUGCGGGUGUCAAACCAGCCUGGCUCAUACUGGGCAUGAUGAUGACCUCGUCCUUCCUGUCCAUGUGGCUCAGCAACACAGCCACGACAGCCAUGAUGCUCCCCAUCGCCAAUGCCAUCCUGGAAAGUCUUUUCGGUGAUCUGGAGAGCCUCAAACAAAAAUGCAAGCCAAUGGAGGAUCGCGUCAAUGGUCAGUCCACUAAGAUGCAUCCAGUGGCCUCAGAGAAACAAAUGUUAUCACUUGAGGGGUUGGACGCAGCAGACGAGAAUGACACGAGGACAGCCGAGGAGAUCCGCUCCGAGUCGGAGUAUCAGAUGAGAGUGUGGAAAGGCUUUCUUGUCUGCAUUCCUUAUGCGGCCAGUAUCGGAGGAACCGCCACACUGACGGGAACUGCGCCCAACCUCAUCCUGAUUGGACAGCUUAAAAACAAUUUUCCAGAGUGUGAUGUCAUCAAUUUUGGCUCUUGGUUUGCAUUUGCGUUCCCACUCAUGCUCGUCUUCCUGCUUUUGGGAUGGCUAUGGAUCGCAUUCCUCCAUGGAGGCUUGAACAGACGCUUGUGCUUCAAGCAUAACAGAAGAGCAGAAGAAGAGGCCCAAGCUCGGGCUCUCAUUGAAGAGGAUUACAAAAAACUUGGGCCUUUAAAUUUUGCAGAGGGGGCCAUCUCUUUCUUCUUUGUCUUGUAUGCCGUUCUCUUAUUCACAAGGGAUCCUAAAUUUGUCACCGGAUGGUCUGUCUUUUUUAAGAAGGGCUAUGUGUCAGACGCGGUCACCGGUGUGAUCAUUGUGUCCAUAUUAUUUUUCUUCCCGUCACAGAAACCUUCUCUUGGCUGGUGGUUGGACCCCAAAGCUUCAAAUGCGCCAUACGUUCCUCUCCUAUCAUGGAAGAAAGCCCAGGAGGCUGUUCCUUGGAAUAUCAUUCUGUUGCUUGGAGGCGGCUUUGCCAUGGCUCAAGCGUGUGAGGAGUCCGGACUGGCCUCCUGGAUCGGAGGCUACCUCCAGCCUUUGGUCAAGGUCCCGCCUGCUGCGGCCAUGAUGUUGAUCACAGCUUUCGUGGCCUGUUUCACGGAGAUCGCCAGCAACACCGCCACCAUUAUCAUAUUUUUACCAAUUAUUGCUGAACUGGCGUUUCAUGUGUCUGUGAAUCCACUGUACUUCAUGAUUCCUGCAACAAUUGGGAGCUCGUACGCUUUCAUGUUACCUGUGUCCACACCACCCAACUCCAUCGCCUUUGCCUCCGGCCACCUCAUGGUCAAAGACAUGGUCAAAACUGGCUUUGUCAUGAACAUUCUGGGCCUCCUCUCAAUCAUGCUGGCCAUAAACACGUGGGGCAUGGCCAUGUUUAACCUGGACACCUAUCCUGACUGGGCUCACCCUCUCAACCAGUCUGCUGUUCACACACUAAAUGCUACUCCCUGAUCACACAACUGGAUUCAGUA